UGGCGCUGAGCCGCACGCUUCGCGGGGCUCACUCGGUCUGAGAGGUGGGAGCGCUGAGCUGCAGGCGCCCGCCUAACGGCUUCGCGCGGCUCACGCGGUCUGAGAGGUCUGAGCGCUGAGCUGCAGGCACGCGCCUAACGGCUUGACGGGGCUCGCUCGGUCUGAGAGGUCGGAGGGCUGAGCUGCAGGCACGCGCCCAACGGCUUCGCUGGGGCUGGCUGGGUGUGAGAGGUCGGAGCGCGGAGCUGCAGGCACGCGCCUAACGGCUUGACGGGGCUCGCUCGGUCUGAGAGGUGGGAGCGCUGAGUUGCAGGCGCCGGCCUAACGGCUUCGCGGGGCUCGCUCGGUCUGAGAGGUGGGAGCGCUGAGCUGCAGGCACGCGCCUAACGGCUUGACGGGGCUCGCUCGGUCUGAGAGGUCGGAGGCUGCGAGUGUCGCUGCUGAAGGCUGUGGUGGACCGGGCUGGAUCGCGGAUUCUGAGCUACAUCGCGGGUUUGGGGGUGGAUCUUGGAUUUGGGGGUGGAUCGCGGGUUGGUGGGGGGAUCGCGGAUUUGGGACUGGGUGGGGGUGGAAAGGCCACGAGGGGCCGCGGCGGCUCAGGAGCGGGUUGUGGGCGUCUGAGAAGUCGCCACCAUGAGGAGGCUCUUCAGCUUCGGGAGACGCCUGGGCCAGAUGCUCCUGAGCUCCAGGGACGAAGAGUACGCGGGUCGCGGGUACCACACCCUGGACUGGGAACUGCGGAAGAUCCACAGGGCGGCCAUCAAGGGCGACGCCGCGGAGGUGGAGCGCUGCCUGAGGCGGUUUCGGGACGUGGACGCCCGCGACAGAAAGGACAGGACUGUUCUACAUUUGGCCUGUGCCCAUGGCCGUGUGGAAGUGGUCACUCUCUUGCUGAGCAGAAGUUGCCAGAUCGACAUCUGUGACAGACUAAACAGGACACCGUUAAUGAAGGCUGUACAUUGCCAGGAAGAGGCUUGUGCAAUUAUUCUCCUGGAACAUGGCGCCAAUCCAAACAUUAAGGAUAUCUACGGCAACACUGCUCUCCAUUAUGCUGUGUAUAAUAAGGGGACUUCACUGGCAGAGAAACUGCUUUCCCACCAUGCAAAUAUUGAAGCACUAAAUGAGGAGGGAAACACUCCACUUUUAUUUGCUAUAAAUUCUAGGAGACAGCAAAUGGUGGAAUUUUUAUUGAAGAACCAGGCAAAUAUACAUGCCAUUGACAAUUUCAGAAGAACAGCCCUCAUGCUUGCUGUGCAGCAUAGCUCAUCAAGUAUCGUCAGCCUCCUCCUUCAGCAAAAUAUAAAUAUCUUUUCUCAAGACAUGUUUGGCCAAACUGCUGAGGAUUAUGCUGUUUGUUGUGAUUUGAGAAGCAUUCAACAACAAAUUUUGGAACAUAAAAAUAAGAUACUUAAAAAUCAUCUUCGAAAUGACAAUCAAGGCUCUCUCUGUCGCCAGUCUGGAGUCCAGUGGCACGAUCUCGGCUCACUGCAGCCUCCACCUCCCAAGGUCAAGCAAUUCUGCCUCAGCCUCCCGAGGAGCUGGGACAACAGGCAUGUGCGACCACGCCCAGAAACAGCAGCUGUGAAGCCUGCAAAUUUGGAAAAAAGGAAAGAAGGUGCAAAAGAACACAACUUAAAAGUGGCUUCAGAGGAAAAGCAAGAAAGGCUUGAAAGAAGUGGAAAUAAACAGCCACAGGAUUCUCAAAGUUAUGGAAGAAAGAAGGAUGUGAUGUAUGGAAAUUACAUGUUGAAGAGAGACAUUGCCAUGCUCAAACAGGAAUUAUACACAAUAAAAAAUGACAGUCUCAGAAAGGAAAAAGAAUAUUUUCAGGAAAUUAAAAGUAUUACAGAAAUGAAUGCUAACUUUGAAAAGAGUGUAAGACUCAAUGACGAAAUGGUAACAAAAACAACGGCCCAGUAUUCGCAACAGCUUAAUGAACUGAAAGCUGAGAAUACAAGGCUGAAUUCAAAAUUGGAGAAGGAAAAACACAACAAAGCAAGACUAGAAGCUGAAGUUGAAUCCCUCCAUUCUAGCCUGGCCACUGCUAUAAAUGAGUACAAUGACAUUUUGGAAAGAAAAGACCUGGAACUAGUUUUAUGGAGAGCAGAUGAUGUUUCUGGACAUGGAAAAAUGGAUUCCAAUAUUUCUCAACUAACAGAUAAGAAUAAGUUGCUUACCGAACAACUUUCUAAAGCUCGGGUGAAGUUCAAUACCUUAAAAGGUAAGCUUCAUGAGACAAGAGAUGCUCUCAAGGAAAAGACACUGGCUUUAGAAAGUGUACAGAUAGACCUAAAGCAAACGCAGUAUCGAUUAAAGGAAAUGAAGCAGAUGCAUCCAAAUGAGGAAGCUAAAGAAAGUCAAUCCUUUGGAAAGCAGAACUCUUUAGAGGAGAGAAGACAUCAACAAGAACCUGAAAAUCUAUUGCUUGAACAACAACUAAAGGAUGCUUAUAAGGAAGGCAAUAAUAAAGAGAUAGUCAUUAAUAUCCAAGAAGACCGUCUUGAGAAUGGAAAGGAAGAUCUUACAGAAGAAAAAAAUACGGAAUUAACGAAUGAAUAUAAUUAUUUAAAAGAAAAACUGUUUCAGUAUGAAAAAGAAGAAGCAGAAGGAGAAGUGAUUGUGAGACGACUUCAAGAAGAACUGGCUGAUCACCUUAACAAAUUUUCUAUGUCAGAAUCUCCACUGGAAGGUACAUCACAUUGUCAUAUUAAUUUGGAUGAGACACGGGCUUCAAAGAAGAAAUUAUUUCAAGUAGGAAGUCAACCUGAAGAAAAACAUGAAGAAUUCAGAAAACUUUUUGAGUUAAUAUCAUCACUGGACUAUAAUGUGGAUCAAAUAAGAGAGAAAAAUAAUAAAUUAGAAGAAGAGACAACUGGAUAUAAGAAAUGCCUAGAAAUGACAAUAAAUAUGUUAAAUGUAUUUGGAAAUGAAGACUUCAGUUGCCAUGGAGACUUAAAUACAGAUCAACUGAAAAUGGAUGUUCUGUUUAAGAAGCUAAAACAGAAGUUUGAUGAUCUUACGGCCGAGAAGGAAGCUGUAUCUUCAAAAUGUGUCAGUUUGGCUAAAGACAAUCAAGUUCUUCAACAGGAGUUUUUAUCUAUGAGAAAAAUACAAGAGAAAUGUGAAAAACUUGAGGAGGAUAAAAAGAUGUUGGAAGAAGAAGUAUUAACUCUUAAGACACAUAUGGAAAACAAUAUGGUAGAACUUGGUAAAGUACAAGAAUAUAAAUCGGAGCUAGAUGAAAAGACAAUGCAGAUAAUAGAAAAAUUAGAAGAAAUCCAUUUACAGGAACAAGCAAAAUAUGAAAAACAAUUAGAGCAGUUAAACAAGGAUAAUACGGCUUCACUAAAUAAGAAGGAACUCACACUUACCGAUGUGGAAUGUAAAUUCUCCAACAUGAAAACUGCUUAUGAAGAGGUUACAACUGAAUUAGAAGAAUAUAAGGAAGCCUUUGCAGUAGCAUUGAAAGCUCACAAUUCCAUGUCAAAAAAUUUAACGAAAUCGAAUAAGAAAAUAGCAGUGAUCAGCACCAAGCUCCUUAUGGAGAAAGAGCGGAUGAAAUAUUUUCUCAGCACUCUUCCUACAAGGCCAGACCCAGAGUUACCUUGUAUUGAAAAUCUUAAUAGUAUAGGACUCAACAAAAAAGAUAUUUCCAAAACACCCGUAAGAAUUCCUACUUCAAACCCACAGACUUCAAAUAACUGCGAGAACUCCUUGACUGAGGUGGAGCCGGACUGUGUAGAACAAAUAAUUAGAGAAACAAAGAAAACUUUUGCUGUGUUGGGCACUUGCUCCCAUCUACUUUCUUCUCUAGAAUCCACUGGGCCGGAAUGAGUGAUUUUUCUUAGAAGCAGAGUUGGAGCCACCGAGGAAACACAGGUGAGCCCUCCCCAGCACACACUUACUAGUCCCCAACAGAAGAACCACUGCUGCAUCCACUGAGGUACCAAGAAACUAGCGAAGGGCCUUCUAGCUGUCUGGGGACAAUCCUCAUGUGGUCUCUGGAUCAGCCUCAAGGGUUCUGGAUUAGUCUCUCUGCAACCUCCGUGCUGUGUGUCUAGAUCAGGGCUCUGCGGGAAGGGCCUGGGAGACCCAGAAGAACAGGGUGUCUUGCCUGCCAAAUGUCCCUUCCUUCUUCCCACUCUUACACUCAGGAAUAGGCUACAUGGCAUGUCCAGGCAGUGCCAGGUCACCUCACUAUCUCCUUUGAGAUGGGCCCAGAGGGCCUAGGGGGGCAAGUGUGAAGCUGGGUACCUGGAGCCUGAGGCUGACUGUCCCUCCCUGUGUCUUGGAGGAGAGGCCUUGGGGCCCAAGAAAACCCCCAAGGCCUGACCUCUGGGCACACAUGCAGGGAGGGAGGGUCUGUGGGCUGAUGGGGGCAUUGUAAUGAGACUUUGAGCACCACUGCUCAGGGGCCUCAUCAGUGGACCAUGGUCAGAGAUGACCUGGUCAGUUGGGACCUGAUCAGCAGAGACCUGGUUAGCAGUGGCCUCCUCAGUGAAGGCCUCACCAGUGGGGACCUGGUGACCUAGUCAUUGGAAGCCUAGUCAGUGGAGACCUGGUCAGUGGUGGCCUUAUUGGUGGGGCCUGAUCGGUUGAAACAUAAACUAUAAAAAACUGGUUGGUGGGGUCGACUCAGUAUAUUAGGGGCCUGGUCAGUGUGGGGCCUUAGUGGCUUGGAGCCUGGUCAGUGAGGGCCUGGUCAGAGAGGGCUUGGUCAGCUGGGCACUGAUCCAUGGAGAACUGUUCAGUGGGGUUGGGGUGAGCGGCAACCUGGUAAAUUGUGGUCUUGUCUGUGGGAACCCAGUCAAUGGGGACCAGAUCAGUGGGAAAUUGGUCAGUGGGGUCUGGUCCCUGAGGCCUAUUAAUGGGGGCCUGGUUAGGGAGACAUGGUCAGUGGGGACUUGGUCAGUGGGACCUGGUCAAUGGAGGAGUGGUCAUUAGGGGCCUCAUCAGUGGGGACCUGGUUGGGGGCACCUGGUCAGUAGGAACCUGGCCAGUUGGCCGUUGUGUGACCUCAGGCAGGGGGUUUGUCUGUGGAGCCUUCUUGCCUCCAUCUGUAGGGAAGCUGAGUUAGGACACCCUGGAGGGUUGCUGGAAAGAGAAUGUGAGAAGAUGUGUUGAAUACAGACAGACCUACAACUUUACACACGACCUGGGUUCCACCUAGAGAGGGUGCCAGCCCUCUCUGCUCUGCCCAGUGCCCUUCCUCUGUCUGCAUCCCCAGGACAACCCUCAGUGGGGAGGGUAGAGUUUGGGGAGCACCUGUGGAGGCUCUAAUCCUGGCCCUGGGCCCUGGUAGUGACAGUGAUGAGGACGUGGGUGCACCUGUGAGUGGAGCAGCUAGGCCUGGUCAGAGAAGCAAGACAAACACACACACCCAUAUGUACACACACACAC